GUUGACUUGAUGCAGGCCCUCCUCAAAGUUGCCUUGUACAGUUGGGCUUCAGGUGAGAGUGGGCUUUGCUGGAAUCUGACAGUGCACUAUUCGGGUACAAAAGUAUGAUUUAAUUUUGCAUUGGCUCUUGUUCCAAUGACGCUUUGGUUGGGGGAUCCGACCAGUCUUCAUGUGCAGAGAUGCUGGCAUCUGCACGCUUUGGGCAAUGGACUCCAAUAUCGUCUCCAAUGGUUGGUGUUCAAAGGAGGAUGCAACCCUGUUGUCGGAGCACACAAAUUGCGAUGAACUGGAAUCAAAGAGCAGUUCCUAUGGUUGCUUUGGCCAUUGUGAUUCCACUGAAGCCCAAGAGUUUUGGCAACUUUCGCCAGGUGGGUCUUUGCUGUGUCUCAGCUGAAGCAGAAGUAAAGGAGCUGGAGCCAGAAGAGCUUGUGCGGCAAGUUGUCACUGGUUUGAGCAAAGCCUGCAAGUCUGUUGAGGGCAAGAUUUCUGGGAUUCGGCGGCAAAUCCGGGAUCCCUCGGAGGCAGAGCUCUGGAGAAAUCGGGGCAAUGGUCUCUUGCAGGUGACAGAAGCCUGGUACCCCGGCAUGACAGAAGUGAAAGUCCCUGACUACUCCAACCUUGGCGAUGAUGGCCUGCCAUUGUGUGUAGAAGUGGAGCUGGACCCGAAGAAGGACUUCAAACAAAAUGCGAAAUUGUGCUUCAAGCAGGCCAGCAAGAUAACAAAAGCUAUUGAGAAGUGCGCCCCGCUCUUGAAGGCGCAAGAAGAAGAGCUUAAAGUUUGGAAAGCAACCUUGGCCAAGGUAGAAGGCCCACAGCGUGACUUUGACGCAGAGCAAGUGAAGCAGUUAUAUGAGGAGUUGUGCGCACAGCGUUUCAUCAGGAGGCCAAAGCCGAAAGUACCUAGCGAGCAGGUACAACAGCCAGAAGAAAACAAAUGGAGAAGAAAGUACGGGAAGGACGUGGACAGAUUCCUCUCUCCCAAUGGCCUAGAGGUCCUGGCGGGGCGAUCUGCCAGUGCCAAUGAGCGGGUUUCUUUCGAGCUGACCCUCAAAGAUGCCCUUUGGCUGCCUGCCUCGCAAGAUUGCUUUGUUCAGGGAAGAUUUGUUUGCACCAUAGCUCAACACAAAGAUAACUUUUUGCAUUCCGGCAUUGUCGUCGCACCAAGACUGGGCGUUCUCCACACAGGCCCAACCCUAACUCUAGAAAGGGAACUUGGAAUGGUACGCUUUGUUGAGAGUUGUUGUGAACAUGGAUCCAAAAGCCUACAAGGGUACAAGUUUGGCUUGGCCGGGUUUGAUAGCCCAUAGCCUUUGGUCAUGGCAGUUGUGUUCCCAUGCUCCGAGAUUCUCGCGAGGGCAGAGAUGCGCCACUGUACUAGGCUGGGAUAGCGCACUCAAGGCAAAUAGCGCAAAUUGUCAGUGCGUUUUUCGGGUUCGACCAAAGGCCUCGAGUCAAUCCUUGGGUUAGCAGUUUAGCAGAAGCGUUUGACAUUUUUAGCUUGUCACCAGAUCCUAAACCGUACCUGCGUGGCCUGCGCGUGCAUGGGAGCCAGCAGCCUUGGUGGGAAGAAGGUUGAGUUGCUGCUUGCGAAGUGAAGCUUGUGUUGCUGUCGUCUAGAAUCCCUUCCCUUGGGCUCGCCCCCAGCAUAGUGUGCGGACAGCGCCUUUCUGCCGAGUCCUGCCUAAGGUGCUUUCUUGGCCGAAGGUUGUCCGUUAUUAAUUGCCAAAGUCGGGCCUCCAAUGCCUCCAAACUUUCAGGGUCCGGGAACAGUUGGAGACAGGCCGGCUGCAAGGAGGGAAUUCCGCUUUGUUUGGCUUUGGCUUGAGCCUCGAGUUUGCCAGCGGUCUGCCAGUUUUCUAGGAGCUAUAGGCAGACGGUGGCCACACGUUCAGAGAAUUGUUAGAGUAGUUUUUGCAUUGGGUACCGUUUUCCGUUCCACGGUUGCCGAGUCAAGGCGGCUGCGCCCGCCGCGCAGGAAGGCCUGUUUGCCUAUGACCCACGAGCUUGGCGCGGUUGUUAAGAACCUUAAUUGUUGACGUGGGGCAACCGUCCAACCAAUCGGAUGUGAGACCUGCUGAUUGGC